GAAGGUUGAAUUGCAUUGGUUUGAGACGAAAGCAAUUUAACGUCACAGUGUCGUUCGAGAGUCUGGAAGGGUAUGAGGCGUAGUCCAGUGAACAUAGUGCAGUUGUCGAACAGAGCAGAAGCGGUAAACUGAUCUUUCGUUGUGAUCGUUUGUUAUUUUCACAAGUUUGCUCGUCGGUGAGUGUCUGUGUGGUUAGGAGUGACAUUAUUUUCCGUGAAUAUACUGACUAAACUGUAGGGAAAGUUCAAGUAGGACAUGGUUACGUGCGCCUGACGGAAGGUCAGACAUAGACGUUAAUUCGCAUAGGUCUAAAAAAUGGCUGAGAAGUCAGCGAAGUGGACGUUGUUUUGUGUAGUAGUCGCGCAGAUUCUCUCUGUGGCCCUGUCUUCGGAUCACCAUUGCGUGUGGUACGGUGUUUGCGGAAUUGGUGAAGAUGGUAGAUUCAAGAACUGCCCGUACGAUGGGGCUGCGAAACUGCUGGAUUCCGAAGGUCAGAAACUGUUACAGAAAUGGUGCCCGCAUUUCAAAACAAUGGAUACCUGCUGUGAUACCGCCCAACUCAAGAACAUGGACACUGGUAUAACGCUGGCUGCAAACUUCCUUCAGAGGUGCCCGUCUUGUAUGACCAACCUUAUUAGGCACAUUUGUGAAUUCACAUGUUCUCCAGAGCAGAGCAGGUUUGUUGAAGUUGCUGAUCUAGGAGCUUUACAUAACGGGACUGAGUAUGUGAAUGGCAUAAAUGUGUAUGUGACCGAGAAGUAUCUUUCUGGUACUUACAAUUCAUGUCGUGGCGUCUCUGUACCUGCCACAGGGCAGCUCGCUUUUGAUCUAAUGUGUGGUGAAUGGGGGUCCAGUCGAUGUUCUGCACAGAAGUGGUUCCACUUCAUGGGUGACGCUGAAGGAAAUCCCUUUGUUCCCCUGCAGAUGAAUUACAUCUCAAAUAACGUGCCAGUGGGGUACGAAGCCAUGGAUCCUCCCUUGAUCCCGUGCAACGUGAGUGCAGCACCAGGAGUGCCGCCAUGUAGCUGUGUGGACUGCGAAGCUAGCUGUCCAGCUCCACCCCCAGAGAAGCCGGCGGUAGAACCCUUUACUCUGUUGGGGAAUGACGGAAUGGCCGUGACUAUGUCCAUAGUCUUCUGUAUUGGUGUGGCAGUAUUCCUUCUGGGGUUGUACUGCUGCAGUGCAAGGAAUCGCAGCAACAUUGCCAGCCUGAUGAUGGGAGAGGGUGCAGACCCUGUGGGUCAGCGACUGGCGGGCUUGGACCAGUCUCGUAUAGCUCUUGGUGCCGACGAAGAGGACAGCCCCUUGCGCUCAAAGCGGUCCAGUGUGGCAAGUGCAGAGGGAGCUGUCGUGCCCAGGCAAGUGGGACCAGAAAAUGCCUCGUAUGUGGAGAAGGUCGGGGCAGCGAUGGACAGGUUACUGGAGGAUUUGUUCAGACAUCUGGGCGUGUACUGUGCUACAAAACCUUGGCUCGUGCUGUUCCUUGGACUGUGUGUGCUGGUUGGACUAGGACAUGGCAUUAAGUAUAUGAAGGUUACAACAGAUCCAGUGGAGUUGUGGGCGUCCCCAACGAGCUGCUCCCGUGUGGAGAGGGAGUUCUACGAUGCGGCAUUCGAACCGUUCUACCGGACCGAGCAGAUUAUCGUGCAUGCGACGGGCCUGCCCAGCAUCGUGCACAACACUUCGAACGGCCCCAUUGAGUUUGGGCCAAUAUUCCACCGGGAGUUCCUGUUGGCACUGCGCCAGCUGCAGCAGCAGAUAACUCAGCUAGGUCAAGAUGAGGGGCAGGGCCUGGAGAAGAUCUGCUAUGCCCCCCUGACAGAGGCAGGGAAGCCGGCCACCCACACGUCGCAGUGUAUCGUGCAGAGUGUCUGGGGGUACUUCCAAGAUGACGAGGAGAAGUUUGAAGAAGUCGACGAGGACAUAGAAGGCUUCGAAGUGAACUAUAUGGAUCACAUAAAGAUGUGCACGCAGAACCCGUACGACCCAGAUCAGUGUUUGGCCCCCUACGGAGGCCCUAUAGAACCGGGAAUAGUGUUCGGUGGCUUCGGUGCCCGGACGGGGGAGAGUAGCUCGCUGAACUAUGAGCGUGCCACAGCAGCGAUCCUGACCUUCCUGGUCCGGAACCACCACAACAAGACUCUGCUGGGGCCAGCACUGGACUGGGAGCGUCGCUUCAUUGCUUUCAUGCAGAACUGGACCGCCACAUCAAAGCCGGACUUUAUGGAUGUCGCUUUUACCUCUGAGCGGUCCAUAGAAGACGAGCUGGAGCGUGGGUCUCAUUCAGACGUCAUCACCAUCUUUGUCAGCUACAUCAUCAUGUUUGGGUACAUUGCCAUAUCACUGGGCCAGAUGAACUCUUGCGCCCGGCUACUCGUUGAUAGCAAGAUAACCCUGGGUCUGGGCGGUGUGGUGAUCGUACUGGCAUCAGUGGUGUGCUCAGUGGGGUUGUUUGGCUUCGUCGGGGUUCCUGCCACACUGAUCAUCAUCGAGGUGAUCCCCUUCCUGGUGCUGGCUGUGGGAGUGGACAAUAUCUUCAUCCUUGUGCAGACACACCAGCGCGAGGGGCGCCAGCCAUACGAGUCGCAUGCGGAACACAUCGGGCGCAUUUUGGGACAGGUGGGCCCAUCGAUGUUGCUGACGUCAGUGUCGGAGUCGUGCUGCUUCUUCCUGGGUGCACUGUCGGACAUGCCGGCAGUGCGGGCGUUCGCGCUGUAUGCGGGCAUGGCACUGCUGGUGGACUUCCUGCUGCAGGUGACAUGCUUCGUGAGCCUGUUGUCAUUGGACACACUGCGCCAGCGCGCCAACCGCCUCGAUGUCUGCUGCUGGGUGCAAGGUCCGAAGGCCGACGCCGGUGCCGACAGUGACACUGAGGGUAUCCUCUACAAGUUCUUCAAGGUGCUGUAUGUACCUCUGCUGAUGCACAAGGUGGUUCGUGCCCUGGUGAUGGUGGUGUUCUUUGGGUGGCUGUGUGCCAGCAUAGCGGUGAUACCACAUGUAGACGUUGGCCUUGACCAGGAGCUGUCCAUGCCACAGGACUCAUACGUGCUCAAGUACUUCAAGAACCUCAAAGAAUUUCUCUCGAUGGGCCCACCAGUUUACUUCGUGGUAGUUCCUAAGGGCGAAGCCGCAGACUUUUCGCAGCCAGAGAUGCAGAACGCCAUCUGUGGUGGCCAGAACUGUCACCAGGACUCCCUGGUGACGCAGGUGUUCACGGCGUCCCGCCGGCCGCGCUCAUCAUACCUCGCAAAACCACCUUCCUCGUGGCUUGAUGACUAUUUCGACUGGUCUGGAGCGGAGAAAUGCUGCCAGUUCCGUCCAGAAAACGGGUCAUUUUGCCCUCACCGUGCUCCGGGCUGCCAGAUGUGUUUAAUAGAAAAGGACAACAAGACGGGUCGCCCAAGUCCACAGGCUUUCAAUCACUUCCUGCCAUUCUUCUUAGCAGAUAAUCCGUCGCCGUCCUGUGCCAAGGCGGGACAUGCGGCAUACGGCCAGGCUGUGGUAAUAAAACCAGAUGGGCGUGUGGGACCAAGUUACUUCAUGACAUACCACACCAUCCUGAAGACUUCAGCAGACUAUUACGGAGCCAUGGCUGCGGCUAGAGAGCUUUCGGCUGAGAUAGAAGAUUCGGUGAAUGAGCACCUCCCAGAGGGAGCGCAUGUGAAGGUGUUCCCAUACAGUGUCUUCUAUGUGUUCUACGAGCAAUACCUCACGAUGUGGCCCGACACGCUGCGCAGCCUGGGAAUUUCCAUUGCUGCCAUCUUCGUCGUCACUGUUCUGCUGAUGGGGCUUGACAUCGUUUCAUCACUGGUGACAACUCUGACGAUAGUAAUGAUUGUGACGGACAUUGGUGGUUUGAUGUACUGGUGGGGCAUUUCGCUUAAUGCCGUAUCCCUGGUGAACCUGGUGAUGGCUGUGGGCAUUGCCGUGGAGUUCUGCUCGCACCUGGUCCACUCGUUUGCAGUUUCCGUGGAGGAAACGAGGGUUGCCCGUGUCACAGAUGCUCUGGUCAACAUGGGCAGCUCAGUCUUCUCUGGUAUCACACUCACCAAGUUUGGAGGGAUCCUUGUGCUAGCGCUGGCCAAGUCUCAGAUUUUCCAGGUGUUCUACUUCCGCAUGUACCUGGGGAUCGUGCUGUUCGGAGCAGCGCACGGGCUGAUCUUCCUGCCGGUGCUGCUGAGCUACGUGGGACCGCCGAUGAACAGACAGAAGCUGGCCAACCGGUCGCGGCAGGUGACAUGCGGUGGCACGGUGGUGCAGGUGAGCGAGCGGAAGCGCAGCUGUCGUUGGGAGCAGGAGCUGCAGGAGAUGGUGGUGCCGGCCAGAGAAGAGAAUAGGGCCUGAGGAGAGGCGAGGCACCGGAGCCGAGACGUGACGGAGCGCACAGCUCAGAGCGCUGCACCGCUGCAGCCGGGCCACUGCAUGGAGACGGCAAUGACUGAACGGACCUAGACUAGGCUCACUCCACUCGCCGUCCCGAAACUGUCAAGAGUUCUGAAUGGAGUGUCGACGGAAUCUCGAGUGUGCUCUUGUCCCUCCACAAGGAGUCCUUUGACAGUUUGGUGUUACUUCUUAAAAAUUGAGUUUGUGCUGCGUUUUUGGGGAAGUGACUUGCAGUAUUAGUUAUAAUGUUGCUUUGAUGUUAGUAAGUCCAGUACAAAUUCUCAGCUCAAAAGAAUCAAAAUUCCAUAAAAAAAAAAAAAUCCCCUUUGUUCAGGUGCAGAAAUCUUAAAAUGAAUCCUGGUAAACAUGUGUAAAUGUGCUUAAUAUCAAAUUGUUCAUGCAGUAAUAAAAUGUAUUGUAUUGUGGUUAUUAUUUAAUGGAUGAUGCUCAUUUAACUAAAUGUAUAUAAAAAAAAGGAAGUGAACUCUGUAUGUGAGGAGUGUGGGAAGUGAUCUGAGGUAAUUCACAAGUGAAGAGUAUUGAUGAUGAUGAUGAUGGAUUUGGUUAACACUUUAUCUUCAGUAAAUCCAAUCCAUCAUUAUCCGUAUUCCUAAUGUGGCUAUUCAGACUAUCAUGUGCCCACUUAGCAAAGGUGGUUUGAAAUUAACUAGAUAAAAUAUUUAUUCUGUUGGAGUAUUUAGAACCUUGAAUGCUCUGAGCACCCCUGACAUUUAGAACAGUAUUACCUAAAUGUUCUUCUCAAAGUUUUUUUAAUCAUGAACUUCCAACACAAAAAUAAUCCUUCAAAUCACCAGGCACACUUCCCAACACCUGCCGCUGGUUACAGAUUCAAACUCAAGACGUGGGCCAGCCAAUUGCAUCUCUUGCUUUCUGAGCCCUCUGUCUUUGUGGUCUCAUUCUCUUCCAUGUUUUCAGGUUAAGAAUUUGUGUUCCAUUUUAUUAUAAAACUGUCUUGCCAGACAGUUUUACAGUUGAAAAAGACACUUGAGGUUCACGAGAGACUUGUCCGCAAUACCAGACAUGACUGAUUUGUAAUUUUUGAAAUUAUGUUAGUGCGCAGAACAAAAUUUUUAGGCUGUUUAUUUUUAUGUUUGUGGGAUGUUAUUUAGCAGAGUCUGCUUUUACUGAAUUUUGGUCAACAGAAUCUCUCUUCCAGGUUUAAUGAAGUGAAGUUGAAAUAGAGUUGUGGUCCUUAUUACUUACUGCUGCUGUGUUUAAAAAUAUUUAUUUUUAUAUGAAUUAGAAGCCAGUAUUAAGAUAAAACUUGUAGGAUUUAGUUUUGUUGUUAGUUUGUGGAGAUAGUCUGAAGGAGAAAUGAAGCUAUAGUCUCCCACUUGUUUUGUUUGUGUCCAUCAAACUCCUCAGUGUUUUGUGUGUAAUGACAGCUACUUAUCAGGAGAUGCAGAGAGAAAUUUUGUUUUUGUUUUAUGUUUUUGCAUGUUUGAGGGACCAAUGAAUUUUGUAAUGUGAAUACCUUUUCUGCUGCGGUAAAGUGUUUGUGGGGGGAGGAGGGGGAGGGUGUUGCUACUUAAUGGAUAAAAAGGUUCGUGGUGGCCUCAAAGCCACAUUCUUAAUACAUUAAUUCUUUGGAAGUAUGCGUCUGUCAAAUUUGGAUUGUAUCUCCUUUAUUUUACUCAAAGCUUGUAAUUGGCCACCUUUGUAUUAGAAUUUUGUAUCAUGAGGAAUUGCACAUGAAUGAAAACGAACAAUAUUUAAGCUAUUGAAAUAUUCCUUGAGGCCUGAUGUACUUUAAUUUGGAUGUUUAGACUUCUCGAAAGGAAUAUUAUCUGAAUUUUUAAUAUGAAAUGUUUUAUGGUUGUUCACAAGGAGUUUUUCUGGAAAUUUAGAAAGUGAUGCAUUUGUCGCCACUAUUUUUGACGUUGAAAAGAUAACGUAUACAUUUCUCGAUUGGGUUUGUGUCUGGGCUCUUUCGGGCAACAGUUUGUGAGAUGUAUAAGUAUGUAUUUGGUAUAUAUAUUUUUAAGACUGUCUUUUGUAAUACAUAUCAAUAAAAUUUGCUAUUGCAGAUUUUUAAUGUGUGUAUGGUGUGUGCCAACCAAGGAAACUAAUAAUUGGUUCCUCAGGUUUACAGGAUUUUGUUUUUAAGCUUCAGAUGUUAAUAAACUGUUUCAGCUAUCACUUGAUGGGGUAUUACUACAAUUUGAUACUUCCAAAAGCUAUACUCCAUUUUUAACUUUUUAUAGUACCCUCCCCCCCCUAUGGUCACAUUCUUAUAACUUCUGACUUCAAUGUUUACUUAAUUUUGAGGUUUUUUGUAACACUGACCUCAGUCAGAUUUCAGUGUGCUUUUUCUUCAGAAUGACGGUUUUAUAAUCAUGUGUGUUGAUUUAGUAUUUACAAUGUGAAAUUCUGUAUACAUUUUAUAGCUUUAUUUUUGUAUUGUUAAUAUUGCUGUUUUUAAAAUGUUCUGUAAACUGAUGUGUACUGAAGAAUGGAGUUGCAGAUUGUCUCUGAACUUUAAGUGGCAAUUUACUUAGGUAGUUGGUAACUGGUAGAGAACGUCUGUCUGUCCAUCUGUACUUUUUGAUGUGGUUUGCUGAUAAGCUGCUGGCAAAGUCUGCCUCGGCACACAGCAGCAUUUUUUGGGCAGAUUUGCACCUGCGGUGUUGAUUGAUAGUUGUGAAAGUGUGAAUGUUUGCACUCUGCAGUAUUUCCUAUAUAUUUAUUGUGUGGUUCACUGUAAGGAAGUAGAUUUUUAUAUGUUGAAACUGACUGUGUAGUAGUAGUAAAAUAUUGGAAUAAAAAAAUUAAUUUUCA